GAGGCGGCGUGCAUGCGCAGCGCAUCCCGCGGCGCUCAGCUGCUCCGUCCCUUCCUGCUGCUCCUCUCUCCAUCCGGGUCCCUGGGGUUCCGGCCCCAGCUCUCGCCAGCACUCCUGCCGCUUGCCCCGGUCCAGUCCUCCACUGACAGUCGAGCUCCGCGGGGGGUCUCCAGCGGCCGGUUCCAGCGGUUUGAAGUACAAUUAGGAGUUGUGUAUUACCACAAUGAGACUCGUGAUUCUUGAUAAUUAUGACUUGGCUAGUGAAUGGGCAGCCAAAUACAUCUGUAAUCGAAUUAUCCAGUUCAAACCAGGACAGGACAGAUAUUUUACCCUGGGCUUACCAACAGGAAGCACACCUUUGGGAUGCUAUAAAAAACUAAUAGAAUAUCACAAGAAUGGAGACCUUUCCUUCAAAUAUGUAAAGACCUUUAACAUGGAUGAAUAUGUAGGACUUCCCAGAAAUCAUCCUGAGAGCUACCAUUCAUAUAUGUGGAAUAACUUCUUUAAGCAUAUUGACAUAGAUCCUAAUAAUGCUCACAUCCUUGAUGGAAAUGCUACAGACCUACAAGCAGAAUGUGAUGCAUUUGAAAAGAAAAUAGAAGAAGCUGGAGGAAUUGAUCUUUUUGUUGGAGGCAUUGGUCCAGAUGGUCACAUCGCUUUCAAUGAACCAGGAUCCAGUUUAGUAUCAAGGACAAGAUUAAAAACUCUAGCCAUGGAUACCAUCUUGGCAAAUGCCAAAUAUUUUGAUGGAGACUUAUCAAAAGUACCAACUAUGGCUCUGACAGUUGGUGUGGGGACAGUGAUGGAUGCUAGAGAAGUAAUGAUUCUCAUAACAGGUGCACAUAAAGCAUUUGCACUGUACAAGGCAAUAGAAGAAGGAGUCAAUCAUAUGUGGACUGUCUCAGCUUUCCAGCAGCAUCCUCGAACUAUUUUUGUAUGUGAUGAAGAUGCUACCUUAGAAUUAAGAGUUAAAACUGUGAAAUACUUUAAAGGUUUAAUGCACGUGCAUAAUAAACUUGUGGACCCACUCUACAGUAUGAAAGAAGAAAACUGAAAGAUUGAGGCGAAAUUCUCCUUGAACGAACAGAACAACAUUUUUAUAGGCUCCACUGCUAUCAUCCAGGGGAGCAAACCUUGUGGAGAUGGUACCUGGCAACUGCUACUGCUGCUGCAUCCCCCAUCAAUCCUGAAGAUCAGGGAAAGGUUAGCCACCAAGGAAAUAAAUGGGUUUUAAUCAAAAUGAUGCUGAAGAAGCUAAAUUACCCAAAUGCCUUUAAUAUUCUACCUUAAAAACCACUGGGCCUUUCCAUUUGCAGCUGAAAUUUCAUUUGUUACAAUCUGAACUCCUUGACAGCAGGAACUGUCUUUUUUCUAUUUGUAUCUACAGGACUUAACACAGUAUGCAUUUUUUUCAUUCAUUUGGCAAAUUCUUUCCUUGCAAUUUUAAGACAGUACUGUGUAGAAUGAAAUAAAACUAUACAAAUACAGGUAAAUGUUGUUCUUGUAAUUUCACUGUUGCAGGGAAAUCUCAGUGAAGAAACUCCCCCUGCAAGCUAAUGUCAGAAAAGCAACCCUUUUGCAGUUUGCAUAAAGUAGUUAAGCCCAAGACAGUGUAACAUACAGAGAACUAGAUUUGGAAAGAAUCAGGAAGGUUUCAUGCAUUAGAUGGGGCUUCAUUUGCAUCUUCUUUUUAUUUUAGUAUCUAUUUGGGGAGGGAUUCAAGAUAACUAUCCUUCCCCUUUCAACUUUGCUUCUGACUCUCCAGAUUUGCUGUCUCCUCAACUUGCAGCCUCAUUACCUAUUACCAACAUACCUUCUUCCAUAGGGAAGGGAUGCCAACAUUACCUACCUUCCAUAGGGAAGUCUCCAUUUUUUGGUGCUAUGUAUCCCCAGCAUUUACCUGACACAUCAGAGCUUGCUUAAAUAUUUUAAAAUUGACACGAUGAAGCAAUAUAUAGGAAAUUGCAUGCUAGGCAUAUGGAAUGGCAGGGCCAAGAACCCACGUGGAGUUGAGUAUAGUAUGUGAAAAACAGAGCCUCGGUAUUGGGGGACUUUUGGAAAAGGGUAAUGAAAUUGUUGGAAAGACAGCUUGUACAGAGCUAUGAAAGCUAAAUGAAGGAGUUACUAUUUUAUCCUAGAACAGAUGUUUCAAACAUAGUGUUUCAAACAUUCUAAUUUCAACAUUUUGUUUUGCUUGUAAUCUUACAACAUGCAUCUAAAAACAUGGUCAGAAUGUCUAUCCUUUUGGCAGCUUAGACCUUUGUUUGUCUUAAAUGCUAUCUUUUAAGAAUCUUCCAAAGAUCUUUAAAAUAAAAACAAAAUUUGAUACAUACA